AUGGGCUGGUUCUGGGCUACGGCCACCGAGGCACCCCCGCUGAAAUACGCUCCCGCUACCGCUUCUACCAAGUCUUCUACCGCCAGCGCAUGUCCUAUUGACCACCUGAAGCUCCCCGACGCCUGUCCCGUGAAACACCGCGGCCCCGCUAAAAACGGCGCUACCAAGUCAAAUGAAGUGUGGAACCCUUUGAAUAAUAUGCCGAUGGAGCUUUCUUCCGAGACCAUCCCCGGUCAAAAAGUAAAGCUUUCUGACAAAAGAACGAUCCUGACCAUCCCUCGUGGCGAGCUGGAGGGAGAGGGCCUCUGGGAAUACCCGCUGCCUCAGCAGAUGUUGACGGCGAUGUAUCGCAAGGGAAAGGGCGAGGGAAUCGACGAAACGGCUGUGGAACUGAUGGUUGAGGUCCACAACUUCUUAAAUGAAGGGGCGUGGCAGCAGAUUUUGGAGUGGGAGGCCCCCUACACUGCUACUACCAAAGUGGAGCCCCGCCUCUUGAAGUUCACCGGACGCCCUCAGGACUUGAGUCCCCGGGCUCAAAUGUUUUUGACAUUGGGUAAGUGGUUUCCUUCUUACUUCCUGAGCCAGCCGCCGUUCGAUAGACACGAUUGGACGGUGUUACGGUCUAAAGGUAAGGACCAAGGUUGGGAUCAAGUACGCUACGUUAUCGACUACUACGCCGCACCCGACGAUGAGGAAACGGGAAUGCCCGCGUUUAUGUUGGAUACCCGCCCGGCUUUAGACUCCAUCGGGGCCGCUAGCGACCGGUUUGGCGCCUGGGCCGGCCCGCUUUGGAAAAAGGCCAUGGGCGAAGCCGAGUACCACCAGCCGCAAAUUGACCAACAGCAACUGCCCCAGCCGACCAAAUAG